UCCAAGCAUCGUACCGAAGGCAAGCAAGCAAAUUGACUUUAGAUCGAGACGACCUCUCUCCCACUCCUCGCUAAGAAAUAGAGAGCGUGACUCCGCCCUUGGCUUCUCUAUAAAGACUCCCACCCCGCCCUCGGUCGCCUCUUCUUUCGCUUCUUGAAUUAAGCUCGCGUUUUCCUUUUGGGGAGGACGAAUGGCUUCGGCCGGCCUUGCUUACCCCGAUAGGUUCUACGCCGCCGCCGCCUACGCCGGGUUCGGCGGAUCUCCCCAAUCGUCAGCGGCGGGCGCCUCUAGGUUCCAGAAUGACGUCGCCCUCUUGCUCUAUGGCCUGUACCAGCAGGCAACCGUUGGACCUUGCACUGAUCCAAAACCGAGAGCAUGGAAUCCUGUGGAGCACAGCAAAUGGACGAGUUGGCAUGGACUUGGAAACAUGGCUUCAACCGAAGCAAUGCGUCUGUUCGUGAAAAUUUUGGAGGAAGAGGAUCCUGCUUGGUAUUCAAGGGUUCCUGAACUAGCAGCAGAAUCUGUUGUAGAUGUUGAAAUGCUCAAACCAAAAGUUGAGCCAGCUACUGUGUCAGCAUCGGAAAAUGGAGACUCCUUACCUGAGACAAAAACUAUUUCAACAGAAAAUGGACUUCUGUUGGAGACACAGGACAAGGAUGUUGUAAUGGAGGGUCUUGGCUUAGUCAGUAUAUAUGAUCAAUGGGUUGCUCCAUCAGUAUCUGGACAACGCCCUAAGCCUCGUUAUGCGCAUGGAGCAGCUGUUCUACAAGAAAAAAUGUAUAUCUUUGGUGGAAAUCACAAUGGUCGUUACCUUAGUGAUGUCCAGGUUCUGGAUUUGAAAAGCUUGACAUGGUCAAGAAUAGAAGCUAAGGCACUUGCAGGGUCCUUGGAUUCCUCAACCACUGGUUCAGUUGCGCCCUCUGCUGGCCAUUCCUUGAUUCCUUGGGGUGACAAAAUUUUAUCUAUCGGAGGGCACACCAAGGAUCCAUCUGAGACAAUUACAGUGAAGGAAUUUGAUCCUCAAACUUGUCUCUGGUCGAACUUAAAGACAUAUGGGAAACCACCGAUUUCUCGAGGAGGCCAAUCGGUCACCCUUGUUGGGAACACUUUGGUUAUAUUUGGAGGCGAAGAUGCUAAGAGAUCUCUUCUAAAUGACUUGCACAUUCUUGACUUGGAAACUAUGACCUGGGAUGAUAUUGAUGCCAUUGGUACACCUCCGGCCCCAAGAUCGGACCAUGCUGCUGCUUGCCAUGCAGAUCGGUACCUUUUAAUUUUUGGUGGUGGAUCUCAUGCCACAUGCUUUAAUGAUCUUCAUGUCCUUGACUUGCAGACUAUGGAAUGGUCAAGACCAAAGCAGCAGGGUGUGACUCCCGGCCCACGAGCUGGCCAUGCUGGUGUAACCGUGGGGGAAAACUGGUUCAUUGCUGGAGGUGGUAAUAAUAUGAAUGGGAUCUCUGAGACACUUGUUCUGAAUAUGGCCACAUUAGUCUGGUCAGUUGUCACCACUGUUCAAGGACGUGUGCCCCUUGCUAGUGAGGGUUUAAGCUUGGUAACAAGCACCUACAAGGGAGAAGAUUUUCUUGUGUCAUUUGGAGGUUAUAAUGGGCGUUAUAGCAAUGAGGUCUAUGUUCUUAAACCAAGCCACAUCUCAGAUCUGCAGUCGAGGAUGAUAGAUGGGCCUGUGUCAGACACCAUUGCUGCAGUGCUUCCAACAACAAAUACAAGUAGGGACAUGGAACCUGAGAUUGAAGGAGCUCAAGAUAAAAAGAUAAAGGAAAUUGAGAUGGACAAUGGUGAUUCAGAGCUGAAUAUUAGAAAUGAAGAAACAAUAGAAAGAAUUGUGGAAAGCCUGAAGGCAGAGAAAGAAGAACUAGAAUCAACAUUUAACAAAGAGCAAUUGCAGAAUCUCCAAAUUAAGCAAGAGCUAGCUGAAGCUGAGUCUAGAAACACUGAACUCACAAAGGAGCUUCAGUCCGUUCGUAGUCAGCUUGCUGCUGAACAGUCAAGGUGCUUUAAACUUGAGGUUGAUGUCGCAGAACUACGACAGAAGUUACAAGCGAUGGAAGCGCUAGAGAAGGAAGUUGAGUUGCUUCGACGGCAGAAGGCAGCUUCUGAACAGGAAGCUCUGAGUGCUAAGCAGAGGCAAGAUUCGGGUGGAUUAUGGGGUUGGCUUGCUGGAAGCCCACCACCGGAGAAAUAAAUCUCAACUCCCCCUAAAAGCCAUAACCGUCCAUAAUAGCUAUUCGUUAUCAUCAUCUGUUGCUUACAAGUCAAUGCGAUCUUCACUAAGCCUGUAGAAUCCCUCAGUUCAGUCAUUUCUUUUCUUCCUUUUUUUUUUUUAAAUCUCUUUCUAUUUUUCUUUCUCGUGUUCAUUCCAAAGUGAUCACAAUAAUUGAUGAGAUUUUAUCUUAUACCAAAUUUGUUCUUCUUGUGCUCCA